CUCCUUUAUCUGCAAUCUGCCAUCCUCUGCCUCACUCGCCCAUCAUGGCGUUGCCGCUCCCCACCAUCGAGUCCGUCAAGGACUGCGCUUCCUUCUCUCACACCGUGCUCCCCUUUCUUUCGCAGUUGACUGCUUUGCCUGAAAGGCUCCAGCUGGCAGCGACAGCUAAGGAUGUGGUCAUCCUGAAGGAUAUUUACCUCUCGACCAACCCUUUUGUCUCGGCCUUGGGUCUCACUCUCGUCUUCUCGGCCUACUUCCUGGUCCUCUCGGAGAUCACCCGAAACUAUUCGCAAGUUGAUCGCCUCUGGUCGCUCUUGCCCGCCCUGUUCAAUGUCCACUUCGCCGUCUGGGCGCGUCUGUCGGGUCUCCGUACCCAGAGCCUGGAUACCAUCGCCGUUCUCUCGGUGGUCUGGAGCGUUCGCCUAACUUACAACUACUGGCGCAAGGGAGGAUACAAGAUCGGCUCCGAGGAUUACCGGUGGGAGGUUGUUCGCUCCAAAGUGCCCAACCGCUUUGUCUUCUUCCUCUUCAACGCCACCUUCAUCAGUCUGGUCCAGCCUCUGCUCCUGCUGCUCCUCACGGCCCCGACCUACAACUUCCUCCUGCUUUCGCAACUCCCGGCCCUCAAGACCUUCGAGCUCUCGGACCUGGGCUUCUCGCGCGUCGCCUUCUUCUUCCUCAUCAUUGAGUUCUUCGCCGACCAGCAGCAGUGGCACUUCCACUGCGCCAAGCACGAAUACCAGAACGCCGCCCGCAUCGCUGGCCAGUACAAGGAUCAGUUCACCCCCGAGGACCUGGAGCGUGGGUUCGCGGUCACCGGACUGUGGUCGCUGUCUCGCCACCCCAACUUCGCCGCCGAGCAGGCCAUCUGGCUCACUCUGUACCUGUGGAACUGCUACCGCACCGAGUCCUUCGUCCAGUGGACCGGCAUCGGCAUUCUUGGCCUGGGCCUCAUCUUCCAGGGCAGCGUCAAGCUCACCGAGUCCAUCAGCGCCAGCAAGUACCCCGAGUACACUGACUACCAGGCUCGCGUCGGCCGCUUCAUCCCCCGCCUGUCCGUGAAGCCCAAGUACAAGGCCUCCAGCAAGAAGAAGAAGGCCCCCAAGGCCGAGAAGGAGCAGACUGAGCAGAGCUCCGCGGAGCAAGAGGGCAAGAAGGCUCAGUAGAGUCGAUCGAGUCCGAGUUGACAUCCGACCGAUGUUUUGUUUUUGUUUCUUAUUCAUUUGAUUUUUUCUGACUUUGAAAGUAAAUAUUUUUGAUUUAUUUUUAUUCAAAUUGAAUUUUCUUACUGUUUCUGGGUUGGUGCUUCGGGAUAGUUCACAUCGACGUGGCGUUUCAUGAAGACUCAUCAAAUAAGUGAAUCUAUUUGCUU